UGGGUUGGGUUUUUCUCACUCUAAGAAGCCUGUUUGUGGAGUACAGUAGUACGAUUAUGACAUUGUUGGUUUUCAUACCAUGAAAUAUUCUAUGAGGAAUGGUGUGCAUAUGCAGUGCACAGACCUUUUCUUGUUAACAUAUUCAGAUCACUGAGCAUCUGUAUCUUGUCCUAUAGAGUUGAUUAGGCCAAGCAGUUCUUGAUGAAUAAUGAAUGAUCAACUCUUUUUUUUGUUUUUGUCUUGCAGUAACAAUCUCUGGAUUAGUAUUAUUUUUCCCCCACUAAGAGACUUGGAGAAAGGAAGAGACGGGCCAAAACCUUUCAAAUGAGAUGUUCAGUUGCUCUUGCUUAAUUGUUUGACUACUACAGUCGAUCAAUAAAAUACACCUAUAAGGCAGAAUUAUCUUGGCUUUCUUUACCUCUCUCUACCUCCACAGUAUUCAGCUCCUGUGGCCCAACAUAUCCCCACCUUUCCCACACUCACCCUUACACAAACUCCCACGCACUUGGGGUGGGGUGUGAUUUUGGGGGGAGAGUGUUGGUUAUUGAUGGGAGGGAUGGAUGAGGUACGUAAACCUCCCACGGCUCCACUUGACGUUGCGGCAUCCGGCUGUAUAGCUAAUGAAGAGUGCAAUAUAGCCAGUGACGUGCCGCGAGCCCAGCCAAGCCACCUGAGUGGCUGAGCCUGGCUCUGACGUCACACAGCCCAGCCGUUGAUUUGGCGCUGUCUCCGAGGCCUCGGAGCGAGAGCCACAAUCCAACCAUGGGUUCUGGCACUUAGACAGCCUGGCGCAGACAGAGAGCGCUGCAGAGCAGAGAGCAAGGCAGACACAGGCAGACAGAGUGAGCUAGCUCUGCAGAGAGAGACGGAGUGAGUGAGUGUGUGUGUGUGUGAGAGAGAGAGCAGGGAAGAGAGGGAAGAAGGAGAGGGUGCUGUCUCGGGGACCUUUCUCCGACCGGCAACAUUCACAGCCAAUGCAGCCUCUGGUACUAUGGAAACUAAACCCCUGACCAAUGGAAAUAAUGGAGGCUACAAUGUGGCAGGUGAGUGAGUUAUGUUGUCUGCACACUCCGCUCAAGGGGUGUAAGUUCCUACCAGAACAAUGUCCAAUGAACGAGCACUCUCUGUGUAAGUGGGUUUUCCCUCUGUUUCUCUUGUCUUAUACAUGGAGAAAUAAACGUGAGACUGUUUGAACGUUGCUGUAGUGUUCAGCGAUUCACGUUUUGAGAGCAAAGUUUCCCGGAGAUAUGCUGCAGCUUUUCUAAAGUUCACAAGCUUAUUAGUGUUUACAAAGGAGGGAUACGAUUGGCAGCCUGGAUCUUUGUCAUUUUUGGCACCAAGGUUGUCUUUGGUCCAAGUAACAUUUGAACUUUUCAGUUGAAAAUGUUACUUGUGCUGCUGCGAUGUUGUUUCUUUGCCAAAGGGCUUAUUUCCCUAGGUGAGUGGGAGGGAGGCAGGGGGAAGAAAGUGGUGUGCUUGGCCCCCUACUCAAUCUCAAUCUUUUGGCCCCCUACUCAAUCGUGUCCUGAAUAGCACCACGGUGCUCGGACCAAGCUGCUCAGUCCCUCGUGCUGAAUCCUUACUCGCUGUGCCACGCUUGGACCAGGAGGGAAAUGCAUACAACAGUCACGGAGGGGCAUGAGAGCCUUGUGCGAGGCCAGUGCCGUUGCUUGCCGGACCCAGUGCUGGUGACGGGGACAUGGGCCUCUUCCUCAGGGCUUCCAGUACGACCCAGCUCAACACAAGCCAGAGCCUCAGCCACCAGCUGGUCCAGCACCAUCCAGACACCCACGGCAGCAGCAGCAGCACCUCGAGUGACCCUGCCUCAGAGGGCUUCACCCUUCUCUCCGGCGCCACCACCCCACGGCAGGCCCAGCACCCAGCACCGCAGCCGGAGACUAGUGCCACUAUGAGAGGUCUGGAGACUGAGGAGAGCCACAACGCCAGUGCCACACCGACACCAGCGGGGGGAGAAGAGCCAAGCCCGACCAAGACAGAUUGCAGGGAGCAGGCAGAGACCCAGCCACAGGCCCAACCUCAGACCCAGCUCCAACCACAGAGGUCAGAUGAGAGCUGCUGUCAAGAGAAGGAAACUCAGCAGCAGACAUCGGAACAGACAGGAAAAAGGCCCAAGUCUUACUCAAAGUUAAAGUUAGUUCGAAGCCUGGCUGUUUGCGAAGAGUCCUCUCCUCCUCCUAUUGCCACUGAACUGCCUCGAGAACAUCAGGAGAAAAUUGAGAUCCAGCUCACCCAGUCGUUUGACAAAGAGGAGGAGGCGUCAUCGCCCAUCAAGAAUGAAGUGGACCAAGAUAAAGGAGUGGAGAAGCUGCUGGAGAAGACUGAAAGGAUGCCCAGGAAGAUGCUGUCCAGAGAUUCCAGUCAAGAAUACACCGACUCUACCGGGAUCGAUGUCCAUGAGUUCUUAGUAAACACGCUGAAAAACAACCCCAGGGACAGAAUGAUGCUUCUGAAGUUGGAACAGGACAUUCUUGACUUUAUCAGUAAUAACGAAAGCCAGAAGAGAAAGUUCCCUCCGAUGACCUCAUACCACAGAAUGCUGCUGCACCGCGUUGCAGCCUACUUCGGCCUAGACCACAACGUCGACCAAACCGGAAAAUCUGUAAUCAUCAACAAAACUAGCAAUACGAGAAUACCUGAUCAGAAGUUUUCAGAACACAUCAAAGAUGACAAAACUGACGACUUCCAAAAGCGGUACAUUCUCAAAAGGGACAACUCCGGCUCAGACAAAGAUGACAAUAUGAUGCGGAUGAGACUGAAGGAAGACAGGAGGAGUAAGUCUAUAGAGGAACGAGAGGAGGAGUACCAGAGGGCCAGAGACAGGAUAUUCGCUCAAGAAGGUCCAGAUGGCUUUCCUCUUGAAAAAAGAAUACAGGAGGAUGAUGCCUGUAACAGCACACAGCAAAGACGGCAAAUAUUUAGGUUAAAAGAUGUCCGCUCGGCCAACAGUUGCCAGAGCAGCUCUGAGAACGAGCCCAAGAACUCUGAACCCCGGCCGUGGAGCAGCACUGACUCGGACAGCUCAAACCGUAACCUGAGGCCAGCCAUGACCAAAGCAAGCAGCUUCAGCGGCAUCUCUGUCCUCAUCAGGGGAGACAGCUCAGGCAGCAGCAAGAGCAUGGGUCGCCUCUCUAAGACUGGUUCUGAGUCUUCGAGUAGUGUAGGGUCCUCCACGGGUUCGCUCUCUCGCUCCCAGCCAACCCACCCUGUCCCGGCUCUAACCAAGGCUGGCUACCCCCACAACCACUCUGCGCUUCCCUGCCCAGCGGCCUACCCAGCUGUCUGCGCUAGUAGUACUGUGGUCUAUGAGGCGGGAGGCAGGAGCGCGGCACCGCCAGCGAACACCACUAACACUAGCUACUAUUUGCUUCCUCUGGAAGCCACAGGGAUACCGCCAGGGAGUGUCCUGGUCAACCCACACACAGGACAGCCGUUUGUGAACCCGGAUGGAAGUGCUGUGGUGUACAACCCCAACCACGGCAUGGCUCCUCAGCAUCAUAAUCAGCAGGGCAGGACCCAGCAGCCCAUGCCCACUCCUCCGCACUUGCCUGGCCAGCACCAGCCCACCAAUCACAACCACGUCCUUGCACAGCCGGUCCGGCCCCUCCAGCCCUCUGCUCAGCCUGUCCACUACUCGUCUGUCUCUUACCCAUCUCAGCUCCUCUCCGUCUCCCCUGACCAGCUAUACACUGUGCAAGAGAACCUGGGAGCCCAGUUCAGCCACAUGAGUCUGUCCCGGCAGGCCUCUGGGGAGGGCUCCUCCGUGGUGCUCCAGGCCCCCCCGCAGCAGCAGGGCUUCAUGGUGCCCCCCCCAGGCCAGCCUGUCCCUUCCCCCCAGGCCUACAACACCCCCGCCCCUCCGCCUGUCAACCAGCCACUCAUGCAGCAACAAGGUUACAUGCAGCAGAUGCCAGCGUGUUACUGUGGGCCAGGCCAGUACCCCCUGUCUAACCAGGGGUACAGGCCUGUGGGCACAGUGCAGUAUAGUGCCCUGCAGAGCCAGCCAAUGCCCCCGCCCACACAACAGACAGGUUACCAAACUGUGAUGCUCAAUCAUCCACAGAGCUAUCAGAGUAUGAUAGUAGUGCCACAGAGUCAAAACCCAGUCAGUGGCCAGCAGAACCCGGUCAGUGGCCAGCAGAACCCGGUCAGUGGCCAGCAUAGCAAUAUGGGACAUCAGAUGCAAGGCAUGGUGGUCCAGUAUCCCUCUAUGUCAUCUUAUCAGGUAUCCAUGCAGCCCCAAGGCUCCCAGGUUGUACCACAGCAAACGUAUCAGCAGCCUAUCGUCAUCCACAACCAGUCCAACCAGAGGCCCAUGCCUGGUUCUGGUGUCCAGGUUUACUACAGUGUCAUCACACCCAAUCAACAGAGCUCCUCUGUAGAGUUCCUGCCUCCUUCCGGAUCAGAGCAGAUGCUGUUCCCUCGGCCGUCCUCCCCCUGCAGCUCCCAACAGCCACUCCAUCAGACACAUCAGUGCUCAGGUGGUGGAAUGGUGAUGAUGCAGCUGAUGUUGUCCCCUGGCCAGCAGCCGAGGCCUCACACGCCCUCGCAGUGGAAACACAGCAAGUACCACAGUCUGGAUCACACCAGAGGACAGAAGUCCACAGAGCUCUCAGUCAUAGACACCUCACAGAGCAGUCCCCAGCUGGGCAGUCCCUCUACCUCCCCCGCCCAGUCGCCAACCCCCUCCCACCUGACCAAUGUGAAGAGCAUCCGUCCUGGCCUCACCCCCGUACCCAUGAUGCCACAGUUCUCCAGACCCUUUGUGCCAGGGCAAGGAGAUGCUCGGUACCCGUUGCUAGGGCAACCCCUCCAGUACAACCCCCAGAGCCGUCCUCCUCUCCUCCACUUUCCCCCCAUGGCCCCCAACCAUCAGGUACCUAUGGGGAUACGGCACAGCGGUGGAGGAGGCAGAGGGAGGAAGCAGCCGAGGAAAGCUCUGUCUACAGAUCUCAGUGUAGGUCAACCAGGCAGUGAGUGGGCGGGUCCUGGAGGUGACUGAGCUGCCGGUGGGGAUCAGCCGGACCGAGGCGGACUCUCUGCUAGGUGAGCUCUCCAGAGUCAGGGCCGUGGUCUGAUGGCUCCGAGAGCACCACUACCAUCACAGCCGCGUUGUCUGGCAGUCAAUGGCUAACGGUGACCACCACCACGCCAAACCCCCACGGUCAAACCCCUGUCAACCCAGCCUCCACCUAAUCCCUCCUGGUCACGUUCCCCUCCAGGUACGCUGUGCAGGAUGCCCUCCUGAACCACAACGGCCCCUGAUCCUCCAUCAGACUUACCACGAGCAGGUGCCAUGGCCGAGGUUACGGCCACAGACACUCCCCGAGAGGGCCAGCUCCCAGUAGAGGCCGUUAAUUAAGGACCCCUGGCUCGCCUUUUAAACCCUGACCCCUCACACAGCACCGCCAGUCACUUCCUGUUGCCAUCACUCCCCCCAGCCCCUCCUUUCCCCCUCCCUCUUCACUCACUACGUUGGCUUGAUGUAAAGGGUUGUUUUUCCACUUGAUUUGUAGAGACUUGGUUGGGGGGAAAUGUGUUGUACUUCAUAAUGUUCUUACUAGCGGUUUGACGAAAAAGAACAAAAUGUAACUGAACUGACGUGAACGAAUAUCCAAAAACCACGAUUAUUGAAGUUCCAAAUAUUAAUAACCUGUCUGCUCUCUGUUUUGAGAACAGGCCGGAACACAUCAAAAGCCUGUAGUUUUGUUUUGUUUUAUUUUAUUUGUUCGUUUGUUUUAUAGUUGUUGAAAUCCUGAGUCAGGCCCAAAGCUCAGCUCUCUCAUUAUUACUCACCCAGCCCAGUUGCAGUGUCUGGCCUGGUUCAGUUUAACUCAACCCAAAGCUUCCCCACAUCCCCAGGGUAGCUGACUAUCGGCCAGCCUGCCACCAGCCACUUGCCCCAUAUUGUGGCCGGUACAUGAUGAAGUUGCCCUCGGCUACACAAUGGGUCUCUAGUUGUGCCUUUCUCUCCAAAGUCUACUGCUUUAUUUUCCAAGAAACGCAAAAUGAAGUCACCCCCCGUCAGUCUAUUGUUAAAUGAAAAGACCUGCACCUUGUAAAUAAUUUAUAUAGUAGCUAAAUAAUUCAAUCAGUUCUCUAUUACACAGUGAACGUUCUGUAUGUGUGUUGUUCACAGGCAGGCACAGAUGAGAGCAACGGGAAAAAAGGCUUGUUUGAAACCCCUGGUUUUUAACUUCAUUUAAAAUGACACUCCUCCACCGCAACAGCAUAUUUUAGCAAUCAUCUGCUUGGAUGGCCUCUCUCUCUCUAUCUAUCUAUCUAUCUACACCACACUGUCCUCCCUCCUCUUCUACAAGGCCUACAGUGUCAAAUCUUUCAUUAGGUAUUUUUAAAUGAUAUACUUACUGGGUCACUGGAAGAAACAACAGUUUGCACAUUUAUACAACUGAAUAUAUAAAAAUGAUCUAUUUUUCCUUUAAUUUCUCUCAAAGAUAAAAAAA